AGGGAGAGAAGGACGGAAGGAAGGAAGGAAGCGGGUGGCUUUCCCUUUGGAAGCCCGUCCCCAUUACCAGUGGCGCGUCGCAUCCGUGUCUCCAGCACUCCAGGGCAUCCCCAGGGUGCGGUGCCUCCUCGGCUGUAUUGCCUUUAUUUGCUGCGGAAUGGCUUUUCGGGCAGGAAACGCGCAAGAAGCGGAUCAAAAAAUGACCAAAACUUCGCUCCCGCAGGCCUGAAAGGCAAGAGCGGUGUGCUUUUUCCCAAAUACAACAACAACAAAAACCCUUCCCCAGCAAAACCAGAGCUGGUGGGAGAUGGAAACUCUUAUCAGCGUCUGCUGCUCGUGUUGAAGGCCGCCAGCCCCCCAGGCAGUGGGACGUCUCCGGUUGGGACAGAGCUCUUGUUGUCUGCUGGGCUUCGCGCGACUCUUUGGCAGGCAGAUUCCUUUCGGCGCCGUGAAAAAGCUCAGGGAUCGCUUUUCCUGAGAGAUCCCCGUGGACCUUCCCCUAUUGAAACGAAUGAAACGGCCACUGUCUUCAUCUGUUAGCUCAAAAGCCAGCUGCGGGCGCCGUGUCUGUGCCGCCCCAUCGCUGGUGAGACAAUUGAGGGCUCGGGGGUAGCCGGGAUUUCUGGCCGUUUUCCUGUGGUUUUAAGGCCAGUGGAAAGUUUCCACCGUGCCUAAAGCUGUGGUCGUACGUCCCUCUUCAGAGCCGUGUCGGUCCUCCCCGAGGAUUUGGGCUUCCCGUCACAAGGGUUAAUCCCGAUGCGUCGCUGCCACUGGCAACCAGGCCUCUGAAUUUUUUGCGUUUUUGUUGGAAAAUGGUGAGAAACCUUGUUUUCUAGAUGCUCUUGUAGUCGGGAGUUGCCCUUAGUGGCAUUAGCAUUUUCACUUUGUUUUUAAAUCUUAUUUUUUGCCUGAUCGUUCUGUGUACGGGAUAUGGGCGACUUCCCCAUCUAGUUUGCGUCCAGGUGUGGUUGGAUGUCUGGCUCCUCCUGAAAUGAAUUGGAAUUAACUGCCUGAACUAGAGACAUCUGAAAAGGCAGUGAAAUCUCUGGUGUCUCUUUGAAUAGCCUUGCAAAUUCUGAAAUAAGCAGAUUUACUCUCACUCAUGUGUAUUGGUAGGUUUCCUGGUUUCUCUUUAGCUUCCAGUUAGCUUCUGGAGACUUUGUGAACCUGUGAACCAGCACUUGCUUUUUUUUUUUAAGACUGAUGGCAUCAUAGAAAUGUGUAACCCUGCAUGCUGCGUCCAUAAGAUGAACACAUAGUCUUGAAUGUUCCGAAUAGUUCAACCUUCGUGCUCCUGUGUAGUUACAAAAAUAACAGCUGGGUUGUCACCUGUAAUUUUUUUUUUUAAUGUUGCUUAACACAUCCUUUUCAGACUUAAGGUCAAGCUUAUGUGUGUUUUUUUAUAGUUGUUUUUACUGGGCUGACUGACACAUGACUCGAGCCACUAAAUCUGAUGGAGAUAAUGAUGUUCAACAUCACUUUGAAUUUAACAUGGCAUCGUCUUAAAAAUAAAGAGGUACCGAGAGCAAUCAUUAAUUACUGCACAUUCAAUUUAAAACCUUAAAGUCUGCUUUGAUGCCUUGUUAAACUUUUCUUUCUUUUAUAUAUUUUUUAAAAUCACUACCCAACAACAGAACUGAUUGUCAGGGCAUUUAUGUCCUAAGCAACAGGGGUCCAGUUCCCUUUUCUCUGUUAAGACUUAUAUUUACUGGAUCAUUUUGGGAUGUACAGCAUUGCUAGUACAUGUAAGGAGGGAUUAAGAGCCAGUGAGAUACCCGUCCAUGUCGUGACAAUUAGUGGUGUUCUCUGCUGAAUCCCCUGCUUCUCAGCACAGAAGAAGGCGCCCAAAAUGGUGAAUUUGAAGCAGGCUCUUGGGCUCUGAAACAGAUCCUGGAAUUUAAUAUGCGGUACCUCAUGGUUUGUCAUCCCGGUGGCUUUUUGCUCAUCAGGUUUGGUUGGAAGAGGAGGAAUCCAACCAGCGAGCAUCAUUUCUCCUUAUGGCCAAGGCCCUGGCUUUCAAAGCCAGUAAACAAAUAUAUCUCAGGGGAUUUUCUGGGUGUUUAAAUCACCUGUAAGUUGGAUUUGGCAUUUGAUUCGCUAAUACUUGCUCGCUUGACUGGCUAAACAGAACUAAUUCAGAGGCACCGAAUGGGAGUUGGUGAAGGUUGGCAGGUAACAAGGGGCUGCCCCCCGGGGUCCGGACACCUCUGGCCUUAAAAAUCUGUGUGAUGGAUACGUGAAGAAAUCGCACACGUGUUCUGCGGGAAGCAGACAUGGGUUCAGGAGUGGUUUGGGACACUCUUCCUGCUAGCAUCAGAAAUCUACCUUUUGUUAAACGAGAGGAAUAUGCUUACUUAUAAUUAAUGAUAUAUUGCCGGGUAUUUAGCAGGGAUAGGUUUAUCAGUUACGUUUAUUGCAAUUGCCGUGCAUUUUUUGUUUGGAUAUACAACCUUUUUGCGGGGGGAGGAGAAGAGCAAUACCGUUGAUUUUAGGAUAACGCGUUGCGCGUAGGGUCGUAUUUGGCAGCAACAGGUCAAGUGGGUGGGUGGAGGUGUCAGCGGAGAGACAGGGCUGGCGUGGAGGGCCCGGAGAGCCCGGCCUUUCCUCGCCCUCUCCACAGCUGCUGCCAGGCUGAACGUAACCGAAUUUGGCUGCUGGGCAGCGCUGGGGCUGCCGGCGCUCGGGGAGGGGGAAGGCAGCUGCCUGCCACGGCUUGUGCCAGCGAUUCGGUCUCCUCUGGAGACCCGGCGCGUCGCCCCGCCGCUCUUUGUUCCCUGGACGGGCUCUGCCCGUGGGAAAACCCCCGUCGCUGGAGGGCUGGGUCGCGAAACGAGACGGUGACAAAAGAGCUGAUGGAGGGCAGAGCCUGAGGCUCGCCAUCAUCUUGGGGAAGAAGUUCUGUCCCGAUGGCCGUGGAUGUGGGGAAAUCACCUUCUGAAGCCUCGCUGAGCGGGAAGGCCGAGGGGGAUGGUAGCUGGGACUGUGCAAACGUGGAGACGGACUACCCGGAGCUGGCUGACAGCCUCCGCUGGCUUUUAGGGGCAGAGGAAGCCAAGCCCUGCCCGCAGGGGACCGAGAGCGUGGCAACGAGUGGACGCCGUCGCCUGGUCACCGGUGUUACCCGGGCAGCCUCGAGCUACCGCCGCGAAGCGUCUUCAGCAUCUGCAUCCAGCUCUGCCAGAGCGCCAGCGAGCCUCUCGGAGGCAGAGCUGUUAAUUUACGGAGCCGCUGACGGCGGCGGCGUGCCUCGGCGCUUUAGCCACCGGUUCCUCCCCUCGGAAGAGCAGCAGGUGAAGGCAUCGGGCUGUUGGGAGCCAGUGUCCAGCCCUCCCGGCCGGCGCAGCUCUGCAGAGGAGAGCAUCCUUGCCGGCAGCUGCCAGGACGCCCGUGCCGGCCGGCGGAGCCGAAGGCUGGGAGCUCAAUCCCCAUUUUCCUCCACCCCGGAGCUCCUGCGACCCCAAACCCCGCUCAGCCCCGAGAGCGCCCUGCGGAGCCGCUCCACCUCGAGCUUCUCCACUCUGUCUUCAGAAGAAAAGGGCCUCUCCGAAGAGCCGUGCCGAAGCUUGCCAGCCUGCGGGGACGUGCCUUCUCCCGUGGCCGCGGCCGCCCGGGACCCGUGCUGUCGGCGGGGCGCGCUGCGGGCGCGCAAGCCCCUCGGCCCCCUGCUCGACGCCCGCGCGGCCACGGAGCGCAUCAGAGAGAUGUCAUCCUACCAGGCCGAUUACUGGGCGUGUGCCAUACCGGAUUCCUUACCUCCAUCUCCGGACCGUCGCUCACCCCACUGGAACCCUAAUAAAGAGUACGAGGACUUGUUGGAUUAUGCUUAUCCACUGAAGCCAAGGUACAAGCUGGGAAAGAUGCCGGAGCCUUUCCUCCACGACUCAGGAAUAGGUUUGGACAGCUUUUCUGUUUCCCCUGAGGGCACGUCGAGGUCCACCAGCAUCUACGGCCGAGGUGGGCAGGCUCGGGGAAGUGGAGAAAAUGGACCCUGGGGGUUGGCGGCUUCUGCAGAGAGGUUCUCCGCCCCGGGGCCUGGCAAAAGAGGCUGCUCAGGAGCUGGCUCAUCCUACAAACCUCCAGCUGCUGCAAAAGCAUCCUUUGCGAAGAGCGCUUCCUCCUGCCCUUCUAGAGGUUUUGCGAAGGAUGUAAUGAGGGAGUCAGCUGGGCCGGGUUCAUCGGGCCGCCCCGCUGCCGAUGGGAGAAGCCGGGCUACCGGCCAGAGCCCCUUUCCACCCCACAAAGGGCAGGCGAAAAGCGCGAGUAGGUUCUUACCUACAACGCAAGUGCUCCCCCUGAGGAAGGAGUGGGAGAGCGAUGAAGAGUUUCUCUCCCUCCCUCCAAGACUGCGGGAGCUGGAAAGGCUGGCUCAGUUUUUGUCCGAUCUUUCCUUAACUGUGAGGAUGCCCGGGCGUGACGACUGUAACCUUCGAUGUCACAGUGACGGCGGGCAGCCCCUUUCAUCUGCGCUGGCUCCUUUCAGGGCAGCAGGUGGCAGAGGCAAAAGAGGGAAUGUUGAGGAUUAUGCUGGGCUGUGGCAUCCCUGCAGCUCCCGAAAGCCCAGCUGGGAAAACGCUGAAUCGUGUGGCCAGAUCCGUCGGGAUCCUCUGCGGCGGCUCAGGGACACGUUGGAUGGGACAUACCCGACUGAACCGCGGGCCAGGGGGCAUCUGAAGAAGAGCCAGCAGAGCGAGUCCCUCGCCCAGUGCGUUAAGAUGUUUUGCUGCCAGCUGGACGAGCUAAUUCGAUGGCUGUACAGUGUGGCGGACGUCGCCGACAGCUGGGUCCCACCCUCGCCAGAUGCCGGGAGCGUGAAGGCGUCGCUGCACCGCUGCUUGGAGUUCAGGAAAGACGUGGCCGACCACCGGAGCCUGACGGAGAGCGUGCUGGAGAGGGGAGAAGCUCUCCUCGACUGCAUGGCAUCGAAUUCGCCGGCUCUGAAAGACACACUGGGUUUGAUUGCAAAACAGUCUGAAGAGCUGGAAACCCACGCGGAGCACUUGUAUGAGUCUGCUCUAGCUGCCGUGGGCCCCGUGCAGGGCAAGGAUGGGAUGGAGGGCCAGGGGGUGCAGCAGACGGCUGCUCAGUGGGUGCUGCCUCUGUCAGACCUGGGCUUUGCCGGCCACUCUCGGGACGGCUGAGAACCGCAGCCAGCGCCAAACCACCCCGGUCGCCGCGCGCGGAGGUGCCAGAUGCGCUUGCUCCCUCUGUUCAGAGUUAACCAGCCCAGCCCGACCUGAGCUGGUUGGUUUGUUUUUGAGAAAGGCGAGCUGAGCUGCACGGGGGUUCUUUGGCUACUGGGAUGUCUCGUUCACAGUGCUGACUACGAUGGGGAGUUUUGCGAGCGAGGAGUGUACACCGCUGGCCUUUUUUUAGUUUGUUUUUUAAUGUAGCUUUCCUUUUUUUUUUUUUUUUUUUUUUCGUAUUCAAGUGGCCUGUUCCAUGUGUUAGCAAAAUGUCAGGAACACAGUGUUUUUUUAACCGAGUAAUCCAUAGUAUGCUGUGCAACUCACUUCUAAGUAAAGCUGUGUGAUUUUAAUA